AUGAGUCGUUCCGAGUCUAAGACAAUGUGCGAAGAAGUGAAACGAUUGCAAUCAAACAGUCAAUGCAUACGCAAUGUGUGUGUAUUGGCUCACGUGGACCACGGCAAGACAACUUUAGUGGACUCAUUGAUUGCGAGCAAUGGUAUAAUAUCCCGAAGAAUGGCCGGAAAGUUGCGAUAUUUGGACAGUCGAGAGGACGAGCAGUCCAGAGGAAUCACAAUGAAGUGCAGCGCUAUAUCACUGACCUAUGCGUCCGGUGAUGGCGAGUAUUUGGUGAAUGUGGUGGACAGUCCCGGACACGUGGACUUCUUCGGCGAAGUGUCGACAGCCAUCCGUUUGUGCGACGGGUGUAUAGUAGUGGUGGAUGUGGUGGAGGGGGUGUGCAGUCAGACCAAGAGUGCUCUCCAACAGGCGUGGAUCGAGCGCUUGAAACCAGUCCUUGUGCUCAACAAAAUCGAUCGCUUGUUCGUCGAACGGAAGAUGAGUUCUUUGGAUAUUUAUAUGCAUUUGUUGCAGAUCUUGGAACAAAUCAAUGCUUUUUUGGGACAACUCUUCACUUGUGAUGUAUUGGGUAAAUGUGUGCCCAAUUCACUGCCCGACCAACCCGUCAAUGAUUCCGAUGGCAACCAACAAACCUAUGAUUGGAGCUCUGGUUUGGAAGACUCGGACGACUCUACACUAUAUUUUACGCCCGAAACCGGAAAUGUUGUCUUUGGGAGUGCUAUCGAUGGCUGGGGUUUCACUAUAAGUGAUUUCAGUGGUUUCCUGUCUGCCAAGUAUCACAUCAAAGAGGAAGUGCUAAACCGAACCCUUUGGGGCGACUAUUACUUGAACAGCAAAGAUAAGAAGAUAAUGAAAGGCGCGCUCUCGAAGGCCAAGAAACCUAUUUUCGUGACAAUGGUUUUGGACAAUAUUAACGCCAUUUACGAAGCGGUGGCCAUUAGACGAGACAAACAGAUGAUCCAAAAGAUAGUCACUUCUCUUGGUAUUAAAUUUACAACACGUGAUCUCAAUCACUCGGACUCCCGGAGUCAACUGCACUCUAUUUUCUCGCAAUGGUUUCCCAUAUCAAACGCUGUCCUUAAAAUGGUUUGUCGUAUAAUUCCGAGUCCUUUGCAAAUAAGUGAGGAACGGGUGGAGAAUUUGAUGUGUUCUAACACUAAACGAUUUGAUAGUUUGCCUCAACAAACACAACAACUUAAGAGUGAUUUUAUGAAGUGCUCUUCAAAUAGAGAUUCAACUCUUAUUGUCUGCGUUUCUAAAAUGUUUCCGUUUGAGAAGAAAUUUUUGCCACAAAACAGACAAAGAGCUCUCACUCGCGAAGAGAUACUAAAUCGUAGACGACUUAAAGAAUUAGAAGACAAAUCUGUGAAACACUUAGAGACUGAUCCGCAAACACAAGGGAAUUCAGUAUCAAAUGAAGUGAUUGACGCGAUUGACAAACAAAUUGAAGAGAACCCCAAAGUUUUUAUAGCUUUUGCUCGAGUAUUCAGUGGUAGCAUCAGAAAUGGUGAUACAGUCUAUGUUUUGGGUCCCAAACAUAAUCCCAAUAAAGUUAAUGAUAAGAUGGAAAUUGAUUGCAAUCUAACGAUCCAUGACUUGUCAUCCGAUCAACACAUAACAAAGUGUCAAAUCAAUGAUUUAUAUGUUUUAAUGGGACGAGAACUGGAAAGUGUGGACGAGGUUUGUGCCGGAAAUCUAUUAGGUAUUGGAGGCCUUGAAAAUCAUAUAUUAAAAUCGGGAACCCUUUCGAGCACAAUAUAUUGCCCGCCAUUCAUUGACUUACAUUUAGCUACUGUUCCUAUACUUCGAGUGGCAAUAGAGCCCCAAAAUCCAUCAGAAAUGCCAAAACUAAUUAAUGCAUUGAAAAUGUUGAACCAAUCGGAUCCCUGUGUGGACGUAAAGAUACAGGAAACUGGAGAACACGUCAUUAUGACCACCGGUGAAGUACAUCUCCAGCGCUGUAUUACUGAUUUGACUCAAUUUUCAUCAAUUGAAUUAAAUUGUUCCGAACCUAUAGUGCCUUUUAGGGAGACUAUAGUGAGUCCACCGAAGCUGGAUAUGACUAAUGAGCUAAUUUCCGCUCAAAAAGCCAAUCCUUGUAUUUCGGACAACAGUGACCGGUCUAUAGAGUUAUUGACUGUCAACAAAAAGUCAAAAAUCAAAUUCAUUGCCAAACCAUUACCAGAAGAAGUUUGUAAUUUAUUAGAGAAAAAUACAAAUCUUCUAAAAGUUAUAACAAGAACUCAACGAAAAUCUGUUGAAUUUUGUGAACAAAUAACACCACAAACGUUGCAAUCAAUACAAGAACUGCGGUCUCGUCUGCAGAAAGCAUUUGUUGACUCGGAAUGGCCUGAAGAGACAGUCGACCAGAUUUGGUCAAUUGGUUUUAAUCGAUUUAAUUCAUGUUUUGGCAAAAAUGAUAUUAAUUUGUCUCAAGAGAAUGAUUCCAUGGAUAAUGAAAUUCGAUAUCAAUAUGAGAACAGUUUUGUUAGUGGUUUCCAAUUGGCGACACUCGCCGGUCCUCUCUGUGAUGAACCCCUUAUGAGUGUCUGUUUUAUUGCUGAAGAGUGGACCAUCUCUUGUGAUAAAUUAGAUUUAAAUAACGAUCCCUUCGGACCAUUUAGUGGACAAAUCAUGUCGACAGUGAAGGACGGUUGCAAACGGGCCUUUCAGGCGCAACCUCAACGUCUUAUGGCAGCCAUGUUCUCCUGUUCCAUACAAGUAGAUGACGAUGCCUUAGCUCAUAACUGA